AUGGUAGUGGAGUAUUUGCUAACAUUUCUAGAGAUCCGAAGAUUGAAGUCAAGAAUGUUUAGUGCAAUCCUUGAUAAUGAGGGCAAGUGGGAAAUUGAUGCCCUGAAUGACCUAGUCAGUCCCCAAGCUAUUCAAGAGAUUCUUAAACUUCAUAGACAUAGAUUUCUAACCUUCACUGAUACCCUUUUCUGGGUUGGAUCGACCUGUGGUAAUUACACCACUGCUUCUGCUUACAAGAUCAUCUCCAAUCAGACCAUUGAUGAAGGAAAUUGGACUUGGCUACAGAAAAUCAAAGUCCCCCAAAAACUAAAGAGUUUUAUUUGGCUGAUAGUGAAGACAUGGACCAUCUACUCAGAAAAUGCAGCUUCUCCAAAGCUGUUUGGUUUGAAAUUCAAGACCCCAACUGGUGGGAGGAGGAUUUGGAAAGAUCGGAACAAACUUGUUUUUGAAAAUCAAUUCACUCCCAUUCAAGUUAGUCUCAAGAACAUAAGAAAUUAUGCUCAUGAGAUCAAUGAGGCAUUCCAGUCAGCCCUUCACCCAAGUCCAUCUCACCCUUCACUAAUUAAAUGGAAUUCUCCUCCUGCAAGUAAACUGAAACUCAAUCUUGAUGGUUGCUCAAAAGGGAAUCCAGGUCAAGCUGUCUAUGGUGGCAUGUUGCAUGAUGAAUAUGGCACCAAGGAGGUGGCAAUUGAGUCAGACUCAGAACUAGCAAUCAACCAAAUCCAAGAUGGCCCAUGCCAUAACUCACCCUAUCAAGCUCUCAUUGAAGAUGCAAAAUUCCUCCUACAAAGAUGUAACUGCUCACUGAGGUACACACCUAGAGAAGGAAACAUAUGUUUAAAUCAGCUUGCCAAUAUAAGAGUUACACAGGAUGAACAUGUUGUGGUGCUUGAUCAUCCUCCUAAGGAUUUGACGGCCCUGCUUAUAGCUGAUAUCACUGGUGUUAGUGAGAUGAGAGCUUGGUCUCUUUGUGUCAUGUAG